AUGUCAUCAUCUGCUGUUGCUAAUCUCUCUUCAUUAAAAUCUGACGUUGAUGAUAUUAAUGGAAAAAUGGGAACAAUGGAUAUAGAAGAUAAGGAAGAGAUGGUCAUGGCUGAACAAGUUGCAAGAUUAGUGGAUUGGAUAGAUCGUAAGGAUGGUAAAGGAAACUUGACUGAUGGUAAAGUCAGCAGAGUUACAAGAUGUAAUUACGCCAUCAGAAUUAAAGAUAAAUCUCAUGGACCUUGUUUUGGUGAUAAAGAUCUCUGGAUGAAAAAUAAUUUCAAUGGAUAUGAUAGUUGUUCUUCUGAUAAAGAUGAUUAUCUAGAUAGAGUUACUACUUUAAGUAAAUUCUGGGUAAUAGAAUAUGAAGUUUUCCAAGUCAUUAAAAAAUAA